AUGGAAGGUGGCUACGAAAACGAGGAGGAUUUUGUGAUCCACGCAAAUACUUCGUCCCUCGAAGAUGUGGAAAGCGGGCUGGAAGAGUCCACUGAGUCUCACGAAUAUGAGUAUCCCGAUGAGGAAGAGGAUGAUGAUCUCGAUGGGGACGAAGAGUCUUUGCACUACCAGGAUAGUCGUGACACUCGUUAUCAAGCAGACGACGGCGGUGAGGAGGAAAGCUCCUUCCAAACUGGUUUUUCCGACACGGAUCGUCAGCAUCUACAUAAUAGCAUGAACCGGCCUCAAGCAUCAUUGCAUCAACUUCUUGGAUUUCUCUCACAAGGCAUGGAAGUUCAUGGCAUCUCUCGCGAAGCUCAGGCUGAUCGGGGUGCAACUACAACUAAUCGCCAUACUCGUGGAGUGGACAUCCACGAUAUUUUCCCAGAGAUGUUUGGCUUUGGAGGCGCAGGGCAUUCUCUAUCUUCCAAUCGAUCUAAUGGACGUAUUACAAGACUUCUGGAUAAUGUCGCUUCUUGCGAAGAAGAUCCAUACAUGGCUCAAGAAAGCCUGCGAGAGAUAUCCGAGCAACUUCUUAUGAUGAACUCUCUGACAGCCGAGCGUCUAGUACCACAAGAAGAGUUACUGACUAGCAUUAUCAAAAUUUUAAAGGACCCACAGUUACAGGAGCAACUUGAGUUACAGAUGAUCGCGUGUCGAUGCUUGUAUAACUUGUUUGAGGUGAACCCGGGUGUAAUCGAUCUCGCAGUUGAUCGACAGGUUAUAACUUGUUUGCACGCGAAGCUUUUGGAAAUCAGCUAUAUUGAUCUCGCUGAGCAGGUUUUAGAGACUUUGGAAGUCAUAUCCAAAUCACACGGACGAGAAAUUCUGGAGGCUGGCUGUAUGAUGGCUUGUAUCCAGUAUCUAGAUUUUUUCACGUCGCAUGCUCAAAGGAAGGCGCUUACCAUUGUGGUAAACUCUUGUGCUAGAAUCCGCACUGAAAACUUCCAGCAGGUAGCAGACGUAAUGCCUACCUUGAAACAGGUAUUCUUAACUCACUCAGAUCAUACACUACUACUAAGAAUACUAGACGGGCUGUACGGUAUUUGCAGUGGCUUUCGAAAAGAACUUUAUCUUUUGACGAAGCUGUUUGACUAUGGGUUCGUCGAGAGAAUAAUGCAACUUAUGAUUAAUGGAGAAACGCGCCUUGAGGCUCGACUUAAGGCAUUCGACAUCUUAUCUCAGGUAGCCAUCAGUUCGAACAAUCUCGCCACUCAAAUUAUCGCAUCUCAAAAAGUAAUGGACGUAAUUAUGAACUCUAUCAAUGACUUCAAAAAAACGUCGAAAUCACCAUUGCAUGAGAGGAUAAUGUUUGCUCCGAAGUCACUGCUGCUAAGCAUUGCGAGAUUUUUAGUUCUUCUAUUGCCUUUUGAGGAUGAUCCUGUAUUUUCGAUUGUCGACGGUGAUGGGAUUAACCUGAAUGGUAUUGGAAAUGAGCUGAAGCGACUCAUAGACGAGAUCACUCCUAUAAUGAUUGAAAUUUAUGUCAAUACUGGUGACUUUCAAAUAAGAAAGUUAAUACUCAUUGGGCUAGCUCGUUCCAACUCUUCACAAUUACCCUUCGUUUCUACAAAUAUUGAUCGACACGUAAUAUCCAUGUUAGCGUCCACUUUCGCGAGACAGGGCCCAACCUUUACAGAAAGUGGAUUCAAUGAUUUGGAGUCAGGUGCCUUACUGCUGGGUUGCACAUCUUUAGCCAGAGCCUUGAUAGACAAGAAUCCCGCUCAAUAUUUACCAGCUUUUAGACGCGAGGGUAUUUUCAGCGUGCUCACUUCGAUUUUGGAGAAGCUACCUUCACACUUUGAUUCAGGCCCUUCUGAUGAACUAGAACGAAGGGAACAAGAGGCGAGUGGUUCAGAUAAUGAGGAUCUAUCUGAAGCUAGCAUAGACUCCGGGACAGAUGGUGAUUACGAUAUGGGUUUCGAUGAAUUUGAAGGUGUCAGCCAGAUUAAACCGAGGAAAAUAUAUUUUAAGGUAUUUUCUCGUUUGAAUAUGGCCAGUGUCAAACACGACCUAUAUCGGAACUUGAAGAAAAUCACGGCUAUAUCCACCGACGAGAACAACAGUAACAUCAAGGACCUGAACGAAAUUGGCUCAUUGGUUCAAGAACUUCGAUGCGUGCAUGUCGAUUCAAAAACGUAUGAAUAUUGGGUUGCUGUAUGGAAUGACGUUAAAAACAGGUUAUUUUCGACCAAUUUUACUAUCUCCAGCUUUGAGUUUAUUAGUACUGGGCUAGCUCGGGAGAUGGCCAAAAUCAUUCAUGCAAAUGGGGAAAAGAAUUCUAUUUGCCAAAGAGCCAUGGUAGGUGCGUUUUCUGAUAAAGUGAAACAAUUUAUUCAAAUUCUGCAGGCCGCUUUGACCAGAAUUGAGUCUUUUCCCGUAAUCGAUUGUGGUCUAGCUGGUGAAGAGGGAAAGGCAGCAUCUUUGGGGAAACAGGUUAAAAUCAAACUUGAAUAUGCUGGGGAUGCUGAAGAGGACCAAAUUCCGAUUAGCUUACGUUCAAUUACUAUUUUUAUUCAUUGCAUUUCUUCAUUCAAAGCUCUGAACGACUUUUUAAAGCAUAGAUUGCUGCAAUCACACUUGAUCGACUCGGCAAUGCCACAAGCUGGCGUUCGAGCAGAAGAGGUCCAAACAUUGGACAAAUGGGAUCUCGGCUUCACGUUUGAGGACAAAGAGUGUCCUUAUCAUUCGACUAUAUUUGGUUCGAUCUUUAACCCAACGGCAGAUAAUUCCCACUUUUGGAACGAAAUUCAUGUGGUAAAAUUCAAAAAGAUGAAAGACAACGUCAGGGACCAGAUCGAGGACCAGACAAUCGGAAAGCUAUAUACUGAAGAGGUCACUAAUAAUGAAAAGAAUCCAGUAUACGACAUUCUUAUACUUUUGAAAACUUUAAGUGGUUGCAUUGAGGAUGAAUCUUUUGUGAACUCAAAAAUAAGCGCCAAGCUGGCGCGUCAAUUGGAGGAGCCGUUGAUUGUUUCUGGAGGCUGUCUUCCAGGUUGGACCUUGAGCAUAACAAAAGACUAUCCUUUUCUGUUUCCACUAGACAUCAGGAUAUUCUUUUUACAAAGUGCCUCAUAUGGAUAUGGAAGACUAAUACAAAUAUGGAAAGAUCGCUCAAAUGGCAACAAGGGGGUAGGAAUUGAUACUGGACUACACCAAUUAGGUAGGCCAACGCGUCACAAGCUAAGGGUUUCUAGAGAUAGUAUCUUCUUAAGUGCUCUGAAAAUUUUAUCGAAAUAUGGCUCUUCUCCCAGCAUUCUGGAAAUCGAAUUCAUGCAUGAAGUUGGAACGGGAUUAGGCCCCACAAUGGAAUUUUAUGCCAUAGUGUCGAGAGAGUUCGGGAGAAGAGUAUUGGGCUUAUGGAGAUGUGAUAAUUAUAGUGCACAUGAGGAUAAUUUCGUCGAAGGACUUCUGUUUCCUGCACCGUUGGCUGCUUCGAAGGACCAUGAUCGUACUUUAGAGCUAUACAAGCAAUUGGGUUUGUUUGUCGCGAGGUCUAUGUUAGACAAUCGUAUUUUGGAUUUUCGCUUUAAUAGAGCUUUUUUCGAGCUUGCUCACUUGUAUGCAGAAGAGGGGAAUCUGGAUUUCGGAGAUACAGAGUUUAUGCUUCAUCUUUUGGAUAUGGUGGACCCGCAGCUUUCCAAUUCUUUGAGGUUUUUGCUCGAGCAUAAAUAUGACGACCUAAUAGAGACUUUGUCUCUUACGUUUCAAUUACCUGGCUAUAAUGUAGAGUUGAUUCCUAAUGGGGCAAGCAUUGCCGUUACCAAAGAGAAUUUCGGUACUUAUUUCCGUUGUGUUUUGAAUGAAACUAUCGGGCCCGGAGUCGAGAAUCAAAUUCGCAGCUUCAUGAGUGGUUUUUCGCAGACAUUUCCCUACCGCUCCUUGUUGAUACUGAGUCCGGUUGAAUUGACUGAGUUAUUUGGACGGACCGAGGAGGAUUGGACUGUAUCAACACUUGUUGCGAAUGUUGAGGCUGACCAUGGCUACACAAAUGACUCGGAAACAAUUCGUGAUUUGAUUUCAUUAAUGGUCUCAUUCUCGUACAAAGAACGGCGACUAUUUCUACAGUUUUUGACCGGAUCGCCAAAAUUGCCCGUUGGGGGAUUCAAAAGUCUCAAUCCAAAGCUUACUAUUGUUCGCAAGCACACGGAAGGAGAUUUGGGGCCCGACCACUAUUUGCCUAGCGUCAUGACAUGCGCCAACUACCUCAAACUGCCAAAAUAUAGCAACAAGAAUAUCAUGGAAUGUAGAAUCAAGCAGGCAAUGAAGGAAGGAUCGGGUGCUUUUUUGUUAUCCUGA